ACAAGACACGGUAUAUAUAACCCUAACGGCGCUUUAUUUUCAAUUCUCAUCCUUUCGUUUGGUUCCGACCACAAUAACCGUCGUUUUUCAUUUGAUUUUCGUUUUGGCCAUCGUCACGUUCAUUUUUUCCGACGUUUGUUACUGUCCCUGUCUUCCAUGUGCUCAUGUUGUUAAUGUAGCUGCCACACCAAAGCAAAUUAAAUAUUUGCAACUGGUUUUUUCACUGACAAGGAUAAAGGUGCUGCACACUUGAAGAUCGUGUUUCUGAAGCUAGAAUGGCGACGUUUGAACUUUAUCGUAGGUCGACGAUUGGAAUGUGCCUCACCGAGACUUUGGAUGAGAUGGUUCAGAAUGGAACUCUUAGUCCUGAGCUUGCUAUUCAGGUUCUUGUUCAGUUCGAUAAGUCUAUGACUGAGGCUCUGGAAACACAAGUUAAGAGCAAGGUCUCUAUCAAGGGACAUCUCCAUACAUACAGAUUUUGUGACAAUGUUUGGACCUUCAUCUUACAAGAUGCUUUGUUUAAGAAUGAAGACAGCCAAGAGAAUGUUGGACGGGUUAAAAUAGUGGCAUGUGACUCCAAGUUACUCAGUCAAUAAUGUGCUCAAUUUCUGUCACAUUGUCUACAAGGAGCAUGUGUCAUCAUCAUCUGCUGGUACUAUGGGAAUGGUGACCAUAGCGAUGGAUUCAAUUCUUGCAGGAACUCGCUUCUACACUAUGUUAUUAUUAUAAAUUUGGAAGGCCUUCGAUCCUUCAUGUCAUUAGGUAAUUAAUGUUACAUCGAGAAUACCACUUGGGAAUUGGAUGAAUCUAUUAUCGGUUAACUGUACUCUGUCCCAUUCUUCCAUGACCACCAGUGAACGAAUUUAUUUAUCUCAGGAAAACUUCUAUGUUUUGAGUUCUUGUUAUGAAUGUAUAGUUGAGUAUAUUACCUUUUGAAUAAUGCAUACACUAUUUAUUGUGGGCAAAAUUGGAAAGAAUAAUAAUUGUUGCAUUGGAAAA